CUACAAACUCGUUGAAAUUCGUGUAUUGCGGCCCUGUGACUGUAAUGCUGCUCGGAGCUGCACGAAGCUGCUCGAGCAAGAACGCUGCCACUGAGCUUCGUCCUUUGAAGUAACUGUAUCUGACGCAGCUGCGCAAGUGUGGAUGUGACGUGUGGCAGAGGUGUUCUUUUUGCCUGCGCUGCUUAUGUACGGUGUGCUGUUGCCCUUUUACACGUUUUCUUCCUCAGUAAAUUGUGAAUAUGAGUUCCAGAAAUCCGGGAAUAGAGCUUGAUUUAGAAUGGAUCGCUAAAGUAAAAGUUAAUCAUCCAGCUGUCCUAAGACGGGCACAGCAAAUACAAAGUAGAAGAGCAGUGAAGAAAGAGUGGCAAGCUGCUUGGCUGUUGAGGGCAGUUACUUGUAUUGAUUUGACCACCCUGUCUGGAGAUGACUCUCCAUCCAAUGUGUACAGACUCUGCUUUAAAGCAAAACAUCCCAUCCGAGAAGACCUGCUGAAGAGCAUGAAUAUGCACAAUAAAGGUAUAACCACAGCUGCAGUUUGUGUCUACCCAUCCCGAGUGUCUGAUGCUGUAAAUGCUUUGGAGGCUGCCAAAUGUUGUAUUCCUGUUGCUUCAGUUGCUACUGGGUUUCCUGCUGGACAAACACCAUUAAAAGCUCGCCUGGAAGAAAUACGUGUAGCUGUUGAAAAUGGAGCUCGAGAAAUUGAUGUUGUUAUCAACCGGACUCUUGCACUAACUGGACAGUGGGAAGAAUUAUACAAAGAAAUCAGUCAGUUCAGAGAAGCAUGUGGAGAAGCUCACUUGAAGACAAUCCUAGCUGUGGGUGAACUGGGCUCCUUUACCAACAUCUACAAAGCUAGCCUUGUUUCCAUGAUGGCAGGAUCAGACUUUAUAAAGACAUCAACCGGAAAAGAAUCGGUUAAUGCAACAUUCCCUGUUGCUUUAGUGAUGGUGAGAGCAAUACGGGACUAUUUCUGGAGGACUGGCUAUAAGGUGGGGUUUAAACCUGCUGGAGGAAUUCGUAGUGCUAAGGAGUCAAUUUCUUGGUUAUCUCUGAUGAAGGAAGAACUAGGAGACGAUUGGGUGAAACCACAGUUGUUUCGCUUGGGAGCAAGUACACUUCUAGCUGAUAUUGAAAGACAGAUAUUUCAUUAUGUGACUGGAAGAUAUGCUGCUUACCAUGAGCUACCUAUGUCUUAAAUGAACAUGAAAGUAUGAGCUUCAAGUGCAAAAAUAUAGUCAUUAUUUACUGUAUAAAGAAGAAAGAUAAAUAAUUUCUAAAAGCAUGUUUUGCUUUCUGAAAAGAUAGCUAAGUGUUUGUAGGCAAUAGUUACUUUAGAUACAAAGAGAACCAAUCUGAGAAUUUGAAGAACAUGUUUAAUCUGCUUUCUAAAUUAUAAAAGAGACAUGACUUUUCUGAAAUUGAAGUUUGCUUCAAUAUGAAUUAAUGCUAAUUAUAAUUAUUAUUACAUAAUUUUCUAUUGCAAUUUAAGGCAAACAAAAUAUUUUAGGUGAUUUAGAUACUUGUUACACCAAAACUUUUUAAAAACUUAAUCUUUUUUUUUUUUUGGUUUGUUGAAUUAAGCUGAAUUAAAAUGAUUUAGUAGUUAUAAUGUUCAGAUAACUAUUAAAGCUUAAUAUUACCAUUAUUUUUGUUCUGUAUGACUCUCUGAAUAAUGCAGAAUUUUC